GAUUAACUUUCAAAUUAUUCAACAAAUUUUUUUCACUCUCAUUAUGAUUACGAUAAAAUCAAUUUAUGGGCUAAUUAAUUAUCAAUGAUUAACAAUUAGUUUAUCAAUCGGUGGUCAAUCUAAAACUGUUACAAUUUAGUUAUGUGACAAUUAACUGCGGAGAAAAAUGAAAUAAAAUCUCUUGAUUGUUUGGCUAUGUAAGAAAACAAUUUACUAAUCAUGAGGCUGCGUGUUUAAUGGUUAAUCAUUUGAGUUCACUCAAUAGUUCAUGGAGUGAGAUACUGAACUCUCUGAGUUUCUGGAGAGAAAAGUUCAUUCCCAGAAUUUUCAGAUUCAGAGAAAAAAAAGUCACUCGAUUUGAGGAUAAAGUUGAGAAUAGAUUGAAAUCUUUCAUGGAGAUCAUGUAAAUACUAUUGAGAAAACAAAAGCAAAGUUAAUUGUCAUUAAUUUCCAACAAUUAACUAAUCAAUCAUGAUCACUAUUGAUUAACCGAAACCGAAAAAAAACCGAUCAAAAGUUUAGAUUUGUUUCGCUUUUCAAUGAUUAGUUAAAUUGUUAUCUAAAAAAAGGGCAAUUGAUUAAAAUUAACUCAAAAUCUUUUCUGUUUGUAAUUGUUGCUUAUUGAUUAUCAUCGUUAACCAAUUGGCCUUAAUUGUGAUUGUGUUUGUUUUCAUAUUUGUGAUUCGUAAUCAACAAAUAUUUACACGUUGAUUUGUUCAUCAAACAAUCAGAUUAAAUUGUGCAAUUCAAAUGCCGGUUGUAACUAAUUAUUCAAACGAUAUCUCAUCAACUUUAACUACAAGUGAUGAUUUUAAUUCAACCUCAUCAUCUUCAAUGUUAUCAUCAUUUUCAUCAUCAUCACCACCAACAUCACUAUUAACGUUACCUUCACCAUCAAGUUCAUCAACAAUAAUUGUUUCAGAGAAAUCAUUUCUUGUUUUAACUAAUUAUCACAACGAAUCUCAAUUAGAUCAAAUUUCCAAUGGUUUAUCCUCAUCAUCUUCAUCAUCCAUCACCACACCCACAACUUUGUUAACAUCAACAAUUUCCUCUUUUUACAACAAUAACACCUCGUCAAUUUUAUCAUCAUCAUCAUCAUCAUCAACAGAUGAUUACCUGUCCACUUCUAACUAUAACAACUGGACAACAGUGACCACAUUGAUUAAUGAUUUUUACAAUUCGACCAGUAAUUUCAGUGAGAGUGUCAAUGAUUUCUCAUCAACCUCUUCCUCUUCCUCCUCUUCCUCCGCCUCUUUUGCCUCCUCUUCAUCCGAUUCCGAUUCUUCAGAAUUUUUCUCCUUCACCUCGACCACUUCCUCUUUUUUCACCUUCCUCCACACCCAUCGAUCCCUAAUCUUUACCUUACUCACCUCAAUUAUCCUCGGGGCACUUAUAUUAUCCACCAUAAUUGGUAACCUGUUUGUGAUUGUUGCCAUUUGGAUUGAUCGUAAUUUACAAAAUAUACAAAAUUAUCUUGUUGCCUCUUUGGCAGCGGCCGAUUUCAUGGUCGCUUGUCUGGUCAUGCCAUUAGGUGCCCUGUACGAGGUUCAAGGUCAAUGGUCACUUGGUUCCGUUUUAUGUGACAUAUGGACCGUUGCCGAUGUCCUUUGUUGUACAGCCUCAAUACUUCACCUUGUUGCCAUUGCACUUGACCGUUACUGGGCAGUUAACUCUGUUACCUACAUGCAUUCACGAUCACCGACUAAGAUUUGUUCAAUCAUCAUCUCCGUCUGGUCAGUUGCACUUAUAGUCUCAAUUGGACCAAUUUUAGGUUGGAAAGAUCCGGAAUAUGAAAAACGAGUGUCCAUUGAGAAACGUUGCCUAAUAUCACAACACAUGGGAUACCAAAUAUUUGCCACAAUAUCAACAUUUUAUGGACCCCUAAUGGUCAUCCUAUUUCUUUACUGGAGGAUUUAUAAGAUUGCUCGAAGGCGAGUUAAAAAUCGACCCGGUAACAAGUCAGUUGUCCAUGUAAAAGCGGAUGACAGUUUACGAAGCACAUUAAAUGGUAAACCAUUGGCAUUAGUUGAGACUGAAUAUCAACAGCGUACCAAUGGUGGGGGUAAUAAUAAUAAUCUUGGUUCGACAAUUAAGCCGAUCAUCAUUGAGGAAUCACGAUAUUCAAGAAGUGAUGAAAAUGAUGACAGUUCAUUGGAAAGAGGCUGUGGUGGUGGUGGGUCAGGUAUUUCUGUUGGCAUCGGGGGAGAUAAUUCAGAUUCUAGUUCAUUUAAUAUGUUGGCUCAAGUACCAAACUGUGAUAACAAUAAUAGUAAUAAUAAUAAUAAUAAUAAUAAUAAAGGUAAAGGUGAUAAAAUAAUGUCACCAGCAUCAACGACGAACCUCGGUUCUGAUAAGGCGAUUCGACUUCGAUCUAAAAAGGAUUCGUCAAACAGUAAACGUGAAGGUAAAACGGCCAAAAUAUUGGCCAUUAUUACGGGAAUUUUCAUCGUCUGUUGGUUACCCUUUUUUGUAAAUGCUCUGGUUUCAGCUCUUUGUGGUGAAUCUUGUGGGGUAGGUCCACCAUUGUACAGUAUUUUCCUCUGGCUGGGUUACGUUAAUUCCCUUCUUAAUCCUGUAAUAUAUACAAUCUUUAGUCGAGAUUUUCGAAAUGCUUUCAGACGAAUCUUAUUCGGUGCUAAUACAAAUCGAAUGUAAAAAAAAGGAA